AUGGCUGACGAGGCAAGUCGGCCUUUGUUAGACGGGCAGGCCAGGUCAUCUUCCGACCUGGUCGCAAACAGACCCGCCCGUCCGGAUCAACAGCGUCGAUCGUUUGAGUUAUCAUCAGAGUCAACGCCUCUUCUACAUCGUCGAGAUGAGAAUAUCACUAGUACCUACGAAACUACAACUACUACCUAUGGUACUACUAGUACCCAUGGAACGGAACAAAUACAAUCGAGACCAUCCUCUAUCGCAUCUUACAGAGCAGGAUCUCCAGAUGACGAGCCUACCAAGAGACGAGUACCAUCGCCAACAAUUAUAUCGCUCACUUUGUUGACUGCUGGAGUCCUUGCAAUUCUUUUUUUUGCAUUUGCAGCACCAGCCAUGGUCAAGGAUUAUUCACAAGAGGCCGCCGUAUUCACUCCCGGUACGAUAUCGAUUGAUUCGACGACUCCGGACGGAGUCCGUGCCAGGAUCCAGGGCCAAUUUACCAUGGACUCGGAUCGCGUGAAGAGCAAGACUGUUCGAAACGUCGGCCGGUUCAUGACUUGGAUCGCAAGGGAGGUCGAAACCGGCCCGUCGGAUGUUGAUGUAUACCUACCAGAGUAUGGGAACAUCUUGAUCGGGAGCGCAGCUCUACCCAAUAUCAAAGUGAAGAUUCGAAACGGUCAUGAGAACAAGCUCGACUUUCUGGCCGAUCUCAAAGCUGGUGAUAUAAAGGGGAUUCAGGGAAUUGCAGUGGAUUGGGUAGAGGGUAGAUUGGCUCAUCUUAGAGUAAAGGGCAAGGCCUCUCUACACCUGAAGUCUGGUUUAAUAAGUCUGGGAACUCAAAUACUGACAGAUACUGUUACAUUCGAAGAAAAAGAUUUUCCGGCUUUGCCAGAUAUUAAUCUUACCCAAUUAAACGUGCAUGAUGGGUACAAUGGAACGAUGGAAGUUGAGGCUUCCGUGGGCGCCAUGCUUCACUCGCCUGUUGCCAUCACAAUCCCCCCUCUUGGGUUUGAAAUUCUUGUACCCAAUUGCUCACCGGGUGAUCCGUACAUCCUUGCCGCCAAUGCGCGAAGUGGAGAAAUCCACGUCGCAUCGAAUCAACUCACGAAUGUGAGCGUCGAGGGCCUUGUCCAGAAACUUCCUGAUGCCUUGACCUCGGUUUGUCCGGGAGAAAAAGGCUCUCCUCUGGAUUUUUUGGUGUCAAGUUAUAUCAAAGGCCUCGAAACUAUAAUAUAUGUCCGAGGAGCAGAUGCACCAUCUCCUCAAACGCCACGCUGGAUGGUGGAUCUCCUUCGCAGCGUCACAGUUCCCCUUCCUUUCACCAAUCGCGCCUUGGAAAACCUAGUCAAGAAUUUCACCAUGACAGAUACGCACUUUACCCUCCCUAGCCCAUUUGCAGACCCAGACAGUCCCGACGCCAAGCCUACCGUGUCCGCGUUGGUCAAAUGUCUGGUGGCCCUACCGGAAGAAAUGAACCUCAACGUGGAUGUUCCUUUUGUUCGAGCCUUCACAGAUGUUUUCUAUAAGGGCAAAGAACUGGGCAAGUUGAAUAUUGAAAAGUGGCAAGAUUCUAACUCAACCCUUGUCACGGACGAGGAUGGCUUGCCAGCGAUGCUUGUGGAAUUUGCUGUUAAGGAAGCACCAUUGCAGGUCACCGACGAUGGGCUCUUGUCCCGCCUUGUUCAGGAUAUGCUUUGGGGAAGCAAGGCAAUCAUCCUACAUGUGAAUGCUAAUGUAGAUGCAAAGGUCUCAACUGGCUUGGGACAAUUUGCCGUCCGGGGCAUUCCUGCAGAUGGGGAUGUUCCCCUGAGUAGUAUGUUUUCAUGA